AUGCAAGUCGGCAAGAAACCGCCAUCCCUCAGGGCACUGAAGAUGAUGCUGAAGGACACACAGUCAUGCUUCAACGACAUCCUACAGUUCGCGGACGGCUUUAAGGAAGGUGUUUCGAUUACAGAGGUGGAGGUACGCUUGCAGAAACUCGACGAACUAUGGGAAAGGUUCAGCGAAAUCCUAAUCGGGAUUAGAUCUCAUGAAGACUUCCCGGAAGACAGCGACGCCUACGAGAAGGAACGGAAACAGUUCAGCGACAGUUAUUACCGAGUUAAGUCAUUCCUCGUCGACAAGAUCAAGGUGAAAUCUGGACCAUCGGUACACGAUCAAUCCAUUCAUUCAUCAGAGUCAACAGGUCAGGGCGCUUCUGGUCAUGUACGCCUUCCUCAAAUAAGACUACAGACGUUCAAUGGGGAUAUUGAUGAGUGGCUUAGCUUCCGGGAUCUUUUCACUUCCCUGAUCCACUGGAAAACCGAACUACCGGAAGUUGAAAAGUUCCACUAUUUGAAGGGCUGCCUUCAGGGAGAACCUAGAAGUAUAAUCGAUUCGCUGCAGAUGACCAAAGCCAAUUAUCAGAUCGCUUGGGAUACUCUGUUGAAGCGAUAUAACGACAGUAAGUUACUGAAGAAGCGCCAAGUACAAUCGCUGUUCAAGCUGCCUAGUAUCUCGAAGGAGUCGGCCACUGACUUGCAUAUUCUGCUGGAAAGUUUCGAAAGGAUCGUUCAAACUCUCGACAAGCUUGUACAACCGGAAGAAUACAAGGAUCUCCUUCUGAUGAACCUCCUUACAACGCGUCUGGAUCCAGCAACGUGCAGAGGAUGGGAGGAGUUCUCAUCGACCCAGGAGAAGGACACACUGAAAGGGCUCUCGGAUUUCCUGCAUCGUCGUGUCCAGGUGUUGGAUUCUCUACCAUCUAAGGCGGUGGACAACAAGGGUGUCGGUCCACCACAAGGGUCAGCCAAACCGAAACCGAUGGUGAAAACAAGCUACGGUACGAUACAAUCGUCUGGGGGGCGGUGCGUAGCGUGUUCAGCGAAUCAUCUACUGUAUCAAUGUGGAACUUUCCAGCGACUAUCGGUAUCGGAACGAGACGCAUUUCUCCGCACUCAUUCGCUUUGUCGUAACUGUCUAAGGUCGGGCCAUCUUGCUAAGGAUUGUCAAUCCAAAUUCUCGUGCCGCAAUUGUAAGGGAAGGCAUCACUCUAUGGUCUGCUUUAAACGCGAAAGGGAUGGUAACUCGAAAGCUUCGGAUACUGCGAAGGACAGAAACUCGUCCGCUUCCAACGAUGCUCAAACGUCUUCGUCAUCCUCCCAGGUGGCAGCUCAGAUUUCAGUGUCUAAUACAGCGCAUGACAUCGGAUCACAAAUACUACUAGCUACUGUGGUUCUGAUCGUCGAGGAUGAUGAUGGUAACCUCAUACCAGCUCGCGCUCUGCUGGAUUCGGGCUCAGAGAGUAAUUUUAUUACCGAACGAUUAAGUCAGCGUUUAAAGGUGGAUCGAAAACGAGUCGAUGUAUCAGUAACCGGCAUCGGUCAGACAACGACAAGGGUGAAACAGCGUAUUCAGGUUACGAUACGAUCACGGGUCUCUGAAUUUUCGCGGGAAUUGGGUUUCCUCGUCCUUCCGAAAGUGACUGUAAACUUACCAACGACAUCGAUCCGAGCUCAAGGGUGGACGGUUCCACAAAACGUUCAGUUGGCAGAUCCUUCGUUCUUUGUGUCCAAGGGUGUGGACAUGGUUCUCGGCAUAGAAGCCUUCUUCGAUUUCUUCGUAACGGGACGGAGAAUGACUCUCGGCGACCAGCUACCGGCAUUGAACGAAUCGGUAUUCGGAUGGGUGGUGAGCGGUGGGUUAUCUACAUCCUGUCAGCCACUACAUGUCAACUGCAACAUUUCAACGUCUGAGGAGUUGGAGGCUCUCGUCGCACGGUUCUGGACUUGCGAAGAGAUUGAAGCAGCACACAACUAUUCCCGGGAAGAGGCUCGCUGCGAGGAGAUCUACGUACAAACAGUAAAGCGUGCAACGGAUGGGCGAUAUACUGUGUCUCUGCCAAAACGGGAAGGAUCAGUCACACAGUUAGGCGAGUCAAGGGACAUUGCCUUUCGUCGACUACUAGGUACGGAAAGAAGGUUGGCAAGGGACGCUGACCUGAAGGAGAAAUAUAUAUCAUUCAUGGACAAAUAUCUGCAAACGGGGCACAUGACGAGGGUGGAAGGAACCUCUCAUGAUUCGGUCAAGCGAUGCUAUCUCCCGCAUCAUCCGGUGGUGAAAGAGGCAAGCACCACCACCAAGGUCCGCGUCGUCUUCGACGCUUCAUGCAAGACAUCGUCGGGUGUCUCCCUCAAUGACGUGUUACUAACGGGGCCAGUAAUACAGGACGAUAUACGAGCAAUUAUCCUACGCUGCAGAACCAAGCAGAUAAUGCUCGUAGCGGAUGUCGAGAGAAUGUUCGAGCAAGUCAACAUCACUCCAGAAGACGCUCCCUUGCAGUCUAUACUCUUUCGUUCUUCACCUGCGGAAGAAGUGGCUACAUUUGAGCUCAACACGGUCACCUACGGGACAAAAUCGGCACCGUUUCUGGCCACACGUACGCUAAAGCAAUUGGCGAUGGAUGAAGAAGGACGAUUCCCGUUGGCGGCCAAGGCAACAACAGAGGAUACGUACAUGGACGACGUGAUAACAGGAUCAAAUAAUGUCAAGGAAGCGGUAGAACUCAGGAAGCAGUUGGACGAAAUGAUGAGCAGUGGUGGAUUCCGGCUAAGAAAGUGGGCGUCAAAUCGCCCGGCCGUUCUGGAAGGUGUUGCGGAAGAAAAUUUGGCAAUUCCCGAUACAAAUGGAAUUAAUCUGGAUCCGAACCCCUCGGUGAAAACGCUGGGUCUGACAUGGAUGCUUCAGGCAGACGCUUUCCGGUUCCAAUUCAACAUUCCAGUAUUGGACUCAACGUUAAGACUCUCUAAACGCCGUGUUCUGUCGAUAAUAGCAACUCUUUUUGAUCCAUUGGGGCUGGUCGGAGCUGUUAUCACAACCGCUAAACUGUUUAUGCAGCUCCUGUGGACGUUGCAAAAUAAGGAUGGGAGCAAGCUGGAUUGGGAUGAUCCACUGCCAACGACGGUCAUUUGUGCAGCGGACAAUGGAACAUUUGGAGGUAGAGGUCGUUACAAGGGACGUGGUCGUGGGAUGAUUUCUGGACUGCUCAAAUUGGCGGAAGCUGAAAAUCGCCCUACCAAUGACAUGUCACCUCAGCUGACGGAUGACACUAACAUGAACAAUCCGGAACCGCAUCUGUAG